CAUCACUCACUGUCUUUCUCUCUCUUACACUCUGAUAUGUAUAGAGUAAAAACAGGAAAAGGUGGAACAAUGGCUGACUCAGUUCAUAUCACUCCAAACUCAACAACAAUAAAUUACCACACAGUCAUGAGUUAUAUGCAGCUGAAAACACACACACACACACACACACACACACACACAUAUGGCUUAGAUACAGUAGGCAAUAAUGAGAUCAAUAACUGACAGUGAUUGUAGAGAGGGGAGGAGGAGGAAUAGUUCACAUAUUAAAGUUUUCAUCACGGAAGUGUGUUAAUAAUCAGAUAAUGUACGAAAACGAUUUGGGGACACUGGGACAAAGGACAAAAGACAAAGUGUGUGUCAGUGUGGGAAAUCUGUGAUUAAAGUGUUAGUGUGAACACUACUAUUAAACUUAAAUUUGAAAUCCACUAAUAGUACGAUGGCUAACUUUUUGUGCAGUUACAGAUGGGUGGUGAAACCUAAACCUUACAUACUAAUGCUCUUAAAAUGCUCUUAAAGCUUAUUUUGAAAAAUGUGCAUGUGUCUGUUUCUGCACUAUUUGAUGUCUAGAUCAUAAGCAAAACUUGGUGGUGUUCUUAAACCAGGUCUGGUGUCAAAGUAUCUUUAUCAUAUCUGGAUUAGAGAGCACAUACACUUUCACACAGUCUCUAACCCACAGUCUCGAAUUUACAGCUCUGUCUAUAGUAUUUUAAUGUUAUGUAGAUUUACAGAUUAAAUUCGGAAUAAGUAGUGUGGGAUUAGAGAUGCCUUUAAACAUUUUAUACAUUUUAUUUUAAUAAUUAUGUAACUGCCUGUUUUUGUCAACAAAUGAUUACUUAAUGUUUGUGCGUAUGUGUGUGUGAGGCACUUGGGAACAGAAAUAGGGGAAGAGAGGAAACGGGCCCUAUUGUUUCAGUGUCUGAGAGAGAGAGAGAGAGAGAGAGAGAGAGAGAGAAGGCGUGUUUGUAGGGAAAAGCAUGUGGAAAACAGUUUUCACAUAGAGAAGGAGAGACUUAGAUGAGUGUUCUUCACCACAAGGACUCCAACUGUACUGAGAGAGUGAGUGAGUACUGCACAGCACAACACACACAUACAAAUGCAUGCAUUUUUUCAAACAGUGGCUAUAUACAGUUAUUGAUGUGUCAACUAUUGAUGUGUGAUGUGGCAUUUUCUUUUUGUUUUUUGUUUUUUUUUCCAUAAAAAAAAAAAAAAAGAAAUUUCAUAUAGGAUGCUUUGGAUGGGUAAUGAUCCUUGUUUUCUGUGGGAAGAACGUAAGAGCCGAUUUGGUGCUCUGUGUGUGUGUGUGUGUGUGUGUGUGUGUGUGUGUGUGUGUGUGUGUGUGCGUGUGUGUGUGUGUGUGAGAGAGAACAUUGUCAUGAAUGUUUAUUUGUACAACAGGGAUCUGGUCAGGUUUAAUUUUUACUGAUGAACAUGAAGAUUAGGAUAAAGGAGUGACAGAUGUUCGACGUUUUGUACUCAAUCAUUUUGAUGUCUGUCAGAUAUUUAAACUUACACCACAGCACGGUUAAGUUCUGGAUUGUGAUUGGUCAGAAGAUAUUAAUUCUCUAUAACAGCAGUUCUGCCAGAUAAGUUAUCGUUUCCAUAGUAACAUUUUGUUCACAGGGACCUAUACAGCCAAAGCUUUAAUCAUGAUAAAGUGUUUUUUUAAAUCAUUAAUGUGGUGAAGUUUUCUAAAAGAGAAAUGUGUGGAAUGUGUGGAAGGAGUCUCCAGUGUCAGCAUUUUGUUUGAAAAGAGGACUUUACAUUUUUUUGCGGUUUCUCAGUCACAUGACCAGCUGUGAUUGUUUUCUCUUAUUAACUGUAAGUGAGAGAAUGAAUAGAGGAUAUCAUGUAAAUGACAACAGGAACUAACUUAUAGUAAAUAAUCAGUGCUCAAGGAUAUAACAGUAACUGUCAUAGAUUAUUGUCUAUUAACUGUGUGUGUGUGUGUGUGUGUGUGUGUGUGUGUGUGUGUGUGUGUGUGUGUGUGUUGUGGGGAGUGUUUGAGGCAGGGGGUCAUAAAGUACACAAACCAUCAUUAAUCUCUGAAUACAUAUUUGAUUGUGUGUAUGUGUGUGUGUGUGUGUGUGUGUGUUGGGGGUACUAACCAUGAAUACACCUGUCUGUUUUAUUACAUUAUUUUACUGAAACCAAAGAAAAUCGGGAUUAAGAUUAGAGUGAGGAAACACACACACACACACACACACACACACACACAAACACACACACACACACACAAACACAUACACAUUAUAGACUGUUAAAAUGGGUGUACAGUAAUAUAUUAAAGAGGAUAGUUGUUGGAUUGUGUGUGUGUGUGUGUGUGUUUAUUUUUCAUGGCAGAACCUGUUUGAUGUAACAGAUAAUAUAAAUAUUCUUAAGGAACAAUGUUUUUUUGUCUCUUGUUUAUUUGAUAUUUACUGUUUUGUGACGUAUUUGUCUAUUAAUAGCCAAUCAGCUUCUUUCUCUCUGUUUUUUUCUCCCUCUCUGUAAUCUCUCUGUAAUGAUGCUGUUCUCUGAUGCUUGCUGAGGAGAACCCUGGAUCCCUUUUGCUUCUUAAAGCACACUGUUCUGUUCGCUCCUUUAUCUAUCCAUGAUGUUCUGCUAGUGCACAUGCGUCCCCUUUAAAAGAAAAGGAUUUCCCCCCCUCCACUCAUCUCCUCUCCCCCUCUCGGUCUCAGUCUCGCACUCUGCCUCCUAUUGUUCCCCAUGCCUGAGUGUCAGAGCCGGACUUCCAUUAAUUAAUCAUCGCUAGCGUUUACCGUGUGACAGUCAGACAGACAGACAUCCCAGGCGAGCAGCAUCGGGGCUUAUCAGAAGAUGCUCUGACCAUGGCUUCUUUCCAAAUUACUGUGUACUGAACACACACAGUGUGCAGCAGUCGUUAUUCUGUGUUCCCUAUGUAGUGCACUUGUGUAGAGAGCAGGGAGCUUUUUGGGAUGAACACUGUGAACAGGAGCCGGGGCACAGAGACACACUGAGUGAGUGUGUGUAAGGGAGAAUGGCCCCAGGGCCAUCUUCAGGUGAGUUAUGGGGUCUACACCUGAUGCCCCCCCGUAUUUUGGUGGAGUGCUGUUUACCCAAUGGGAUGCUCGUCAGCCUGGAGUGUUUACGUGAAGCUCCACUCCUCAGUAUCAAACAGCAGCUGUUCACAGAAGCCCGCAAAUACCCCCUCUACCACCUCCUGCAGGAAGAGUCUUGCUACAUCUUUGUGGGCGUGACCCAGGAGGCAGAGAGGGAGGAGUUUUAUGAUGAAACACGGCGACUGUGUGACCUUCGACUCUUCCAUCCUAUCCUAAAGGUCAUCGAACCGCUCGGCAACCGUGAAGAGAAGAUCCUCAACCGUGAGAUCGGCUUUGCUAUAGGCAUGCCGAUCUGCGAGUUUGAGCUGGUGAAGGACUCAGAGGUGCAGGACUUCAGGAGGAGCAUCCUGAGUGUGUGUAGGGAGGCGAUGGAGGAGCGUGAAGGUGGAGGACCACACACACACGCUCUGUAUGUUUACCCUCCCAGUGUGGAGUCGUCUUCACAACUACCACAGCACAUCUACGCCAAACUCGACAAAGGACGUUUGAUUGUGACGAUCUGGGUGGUGGUGUCGCCGUCAAACGCCAAGCAGAAAUACACGCUGAAGAUCUCUCACGACUGUGUCCCGGAACAGCUGAUCGCCGAGGCCAUCAGGAAGAAGACGCGCAGUAUGCACCUGUCGUCCCAGCAGCUCCGUCUGUGUGUGCAGGAGUACCAGGGACAGUACAUCCUCAAGGUGUGUGGUUGUGACGAGUACCUGCUGGAGAAAUACCCGCUCAGCCAGUACAAGUAUAUCCGCAGUUGUAUUAUUGUAGGAAAGUUGCCACACCUUAUGUUGGUCAGUAAGGACAGUGUGUAUGAUCAGCUGCCAUGCAGUGGCUUCGUUACUCCGUCGUACAGCCGCCGCACCCCCCAGCCGAGCCCGAGCCCUGGAGGGGGCGACCCCGCUAACCCCUGCUCGCUCUGGAUCUUCAACGCUCACACUCCGCUUCGCAUCAGACUCAUCUGUGCCACCUAUGUCAACGUCAACAUCCGCGACAUCGACAAGAUCUAUGUGCGGACUGGUAUUUAUCAUGGAGGAGAGCCUUUAUGUGACAAUGUCAAUACACAGAGAGUUCCAUGUUCCAACCCUCGGUGGAACGAGUGGCUGGUGUAUGAUAUUUCUCUGAUUGAUCUCCCACGCUCUGCCCGUCUCUGCCUCUCCAUCUGCUCUGUCAAGGGUCGCAAGGGGGCUAAAGAGGAGCACUGUCCCCUGGCCUGGGGGAAUGUGAAUCUGUUUGAUUAUAAGGACACACUGGUCAGUGGUAAGGUGGCUCUGAGUCUGUGGCCUGUUCCACAUGGACUAGAGGAUCUGCUCAAUCCCAUCGGUGUGGCAGGAUCCAACCCCAACAAGGAGACCCCAUGUGUAGAGUUGGAGUUCCCCUCCUUUAAUCACACAGUGGUUUUUCCUGAUGAACAGCAGAUUGAGGAACGAGCCAACUGGAUCAUCUCCCGAGAGCUUGGAUACAACUACUCUCUCAGCCUGAGUAAUCGCUUAGUGUGCGACAGCUCAAUCUCUCAGGCGGAGGCUGAACAACUUCGUGCUCUCUGCAACCGAGACCCACUCUAUGAGCUGUCAGAGCAGGAGAAAGACUUUCUGUGGAGACAUCGACAUUAUUGUGUGAACAUUCCAGAAAGCCUUCCCAAGCUGCUUCUCUCUGUCAAAUGGAAUUCACGGGACGAGGUGUCACAGAUGUAUUGUCUGCUUCGUGAUUGGCCCCUCAUGCAGCCCGAGUCAGCUCUGGAGUUGUUGGACUGUAACUUUCCUGAUCCAAUGGUGAGAGAGUUUGCUCUGCGCUGCCUCAUGCAGGGACUCACUGAUGACAAGAUUAGCCAGUACCUACUGCAGCUCGUCCAGGUGCUAAAGUAUGAGAUGUAUCUAGAUAAUCCUCUGGCUCGGUUCCUCGUUAAGAAAGCUCUGACCAAUCAAAGGAUAGGACACUUCUUCUUCUGGCACCUAAAGUCAGAGAUGCACAAUAAGACUGUGUCUCGGCGAUUCGGGUUAUUAUUGGAGGCGUUCUGCAGGUCAUGUGGAAUUUAUCUAAAACACCUGAACAGACAGGUGGAGGCCAUGGACAAGCUGGUGAACAUCACUGACACGCUGAAACACGAGAAGAAGGAUGAGACACAGAAGACUCAGAUGAAGUUCCUAGUUGAACACAUGUCUCGCCCCGAUUACAUGGAGGCUCUUCAAGGAUUUGUCUCUCCUCUGAAUCCUGUGCAUCAACUGGGUAACCUCAGGUUGGAGGAGUGCAGAAUCAUGUCUUCAGCAAAGCGUCCUCUCUGGCUGAACUGGGAGAAUCCUGAUAUCAUGAGCGAACUACUCUUCACCAAUAACGAGAUCAUCUUUAAAAAUGGAGAUGACUUAAGGCAGGAUAUGCUGACGCUGCAGAUAAUUAAGAUCAUGGAGAACAUUUGGCAGAAUCAGGGACUUGACCUGCGAAUGUUGCCAUAUGGGUGUCUUUCUAUCGGGGACUGUGUAGGUCUGAUCGAGGUGGUGAGGAACUCCUUCACUAUAAUGCAGAUUCAGUGUAAAGGUGGUCUGAAGGGGGCGCUGCAGUUUAACAGCAACACACUGCACCACUGGAUUAAAGAUAAGAACAAGGGGGAGAGUUACGACAGUGCAAUUGAUCUGUUUACUCGUUCGUGUGCUGGUUAUUGUGUAGCCACGUUUAUCCUCGGCAUCGGAGACAGACACAACAGCAACAUCAUGGUCAAAGAGAACGGACAGUUGUUCCAUAUAGACUUUGGGCAUUUUCUGGACCAUAAAAAGAAGAAGUUUGGUUAUAAGCGUGAGCGUGUCCCUUUCGUCCUCACACAGGAUUUCCUUAUUGUCAUUAGUAAAGGAGUGCAGGAGUGUACCAAGACAAAGGAGUUUGAGAGGUUUCAGGAGAUGUGUUACAAAGCGUACCUGGCGAUCCGUCAGCAUGCAGGUCUUUUCAUUAACCUGUUCUCAUUGUUGCUGGGAUGCGGGAUGCCCGAGCUGCAGAGCUUUGAUGAUAUCUCCUACCUGAGGAAAACCCUUGCUUUGGAGAAGAGCCAGCAGGAGGCACUGGAGUACUUCACCAAGCAGAUGAACGACGCCCAUCAUGGUGGCUGGACCACCAAGAUGGACUGGAUCUUUCACACCAUUAGGCACAUGCCCAAUGAGCACUGACACACACACGCGCACACACACACACACACACACACACAUAUACUUUUCAGGGCAGAGAUGAGGAAUCUUAGAAUUACAUGUGAGGUAACCACAAAUACAUUUGGUAAACUCAAAUGAUGCACAUUUAAUAUAUAUGCGCACACGCAUGCCCACACACACAUAUUCACACACGCACACAAAUUUCCUGCACUAAUAUUAUCAGAGCACUGCACUAAUUAGGGACAAUGAAGCUGUAUGACAAGGAUAUGCACAUUUAUGUAUGCACACACACACACACACACACAAAAUCCACACUUUUCAGUAAUUUUCUCUUAUACUUUUUACUAAUGUGGUCCUGCAAGAAGCUUGUCUGACAUCAGCUUCCACUAACUUCAUUCUACAGGUCCUCAGGGUUUUACAAGGAUCAAAGAUCUAAAGCGGCGCGUAAAACUCGCCUCGAGUACACACGUCCCCAGUAUGCACUGCAAACCUGAAAACCUGAUAUGCUUGAACAGCACAAUCUCGAGGAUGUGACCGUCUUCCUCACUAAACUUUUAGGAAAAAUGACAACAUUAAUGUUCAUGUUAUUGUAAGAGCUUUAAACACCAGCGUCACUGUGACAGCAAUCUGACCUUCUGAGCAGCUCAGAACAUGCGCUUAACAAUCAAACAGCAAACACCUCCAUCAAUCUUCCUUCCAAAAAAAUUGUUCUUUAUUAGAUUAAAACAUCAAUUAAAAAAAAUCACCAGACUUACCUAAUGAAAUUAAAAAUCAGGAUACUUUCAAUCAUUCGUUAAAAUCGAUCCGAAAACGUCCCAACCUCUGACUGUGAAAAAAUGUCAAAUCUGUGAUUUAUUCAUCCAUUAAAUGUCUUUCUUACAAGUAAGCUUUUAUUUAAAAUCUAAUAUAUUCUAUCAAAUAAUUUAUGAAUUCACAUGAAUAAUUAAUAUUACAAAACAGAAGUUGGAUUCUACUUCAUUAUUAUUAUAAUUAUUAUUAAACCAGCUCUUAACACCUGUACACUACAACAAAUAAUGUCCUCAAAAUAGAUAGUAAAUUUGCACAAUUUGUAAUUAUAUUGAAUCUCAGGUGUAGAACAAUCUAAAACACACCAGUUCUUUUCUCAGUACUUUAAACACAUGCUGAAUUAUCCUGUGAUUUUUAAUGUACGAGUUUGUGUGUGUGAGCUUUCAUUUGUGUUUUAAUUUUAAAUUGUACCUAAUUACUAAGAAUCUAUAAAAUAAAUCAGGAAUUUAUUAUCAAGUAAAAUGUAAAGUCUGGUGAAAAUAUAAACGGGAAAAAAAAUUCCAGUUCAUAGUGACUGAUGACAUCAUCACAUCAUCAAUAUCAUCACAGAUGUGCAAAAAUGAGGCAGAUUUUAGUAGCGGUGCUGUAAUGGGAAUGAUGUGAAGAGUUUAGACGGCUGAAUGAUGUGUUGGACUGAUAUUUUGAGUAUUUUGUUGUAUGUUUGCUGAUGUCUUGUAGCACGACUGGAUUGUAUGGUGUGUAUCGCGUGAACAAAUAAACGGGUAUUGACCGGAGUGCCGUCUCCCAUACAGUUCAGUUAUAGCGGUUUAUUUGUUCAUACGUUUUAUCCUUUACCAUAUGUCCAAUGUGGGUUCCAUUUAAUCGUCAUAAGAAGUUAACGAGAAAAUCUAAAAGUGUUCUUGUGUUAAAUUUAUUAUUAUUAUUGACCUGAUUCAUCUUCAUAUCCGUGUGAUUAUUCUACCGUUAAAAUGAUUAAUAUUGUUGUAGCGAUAUGUAAAGUUUUGUGGAGUAAUAAUCACAAAAUACAAAACCCAACAUGACAUUUUCACACAGGACAACAUGAACCUGUUUCCCUCUUUACUUACAUAAAAACAUGGCAUUUCUAUUUCAACCCAAAACAAUUUCCAUACUGCACUACUUAUAUAAAUGUGAUUACAUUUUUAUUGAAUGACAUAAUUAGCUGAUUUGGUUCUGAUUAGAAUGAUUUAUUUACAGAUUUGCUCUCAGGAGAAUCAGAGCAGUGAAGUAAACUUGGAGAUGAUGUAGAUUAUGAGUGGAUCUCAAGAUUACUUGUGGUUCUUGGAGUAAAUUUAGGAUCAGCAGCUUUACUGUGCUGCUGUGUUGGUGUGGAACGUUUAAAAGCAAUAGCAAACGUUAGGAUCAGAUUGUUAUUCAUUCAGAGUCACAAGUCGUAUCUCAGUAGAUGUGUGUGUGUGUGUGUGUCAGUAGAUUUGUGAGUUGGAAAAAAAAUCAUUGUACUGUAAUUUUAAUGAACAUUUUUGUAAUUUCUUCGUCCAGGCAAAUGCAUGGAUCAGUGGGUCAGCAGUUUGUGGAUCACCUGAUGAUUUUUUUCUGUGAUGUUUUCUGAAUAAACUUUUGUCAGCUGUGU